AUGGCUGAACUCGCCCAGCACAGCUUAUAUGCCAAUGCCAAAAAAUGUUGUUUCGGGCAUGCCACUUUGGAAUACUUGGGCCAUAUCAUUUCGAAAGACGGAGUGUUCGCGGAUCAAACCAAGAUCGCGGCCAUGAUUAACUGGCCAAUACCUACUAAUUUACGGGAGCUAAGGGCUUUUUUGGGUCUAUCAGGCUACUACCAGAAGUUUGUUAAGGGGUAUGGUUCCAUUGCCUGGCCACUCACGAACUUGCUCAAGAAGGAUAGUUUCUUGUGGUUGACAGAAGCAGAGAAUGCUUUUCACAAACUCAAGGCAGCCAUGACUUUAGUUCCCGUGCUGGCAUUACCGAAUUUCUCGCGAUUCGACUUUGAAAUCCAAUACCGCCCCGGAUUGGAGAAUAAGGCUGCAGAUGCUCUCUCCCACAUGCCUACAUCGGCUGAAUUCCAGCUCCUGUCAGCCUCUUUUGAGCUUGAUUCGGAGGAGCUACUCCGACAAAACGAAGCGGAUACCAAACUCUCUCGCAUGAUUGAGGAACUCCAAGCUGAUUCGAGCGCUUACCUGGGAUUCUCCUUGCAACAGGGGAGGCUCAUGAAAGAAUGA